GAGCCGCGCCCGCAGCCAGCCAGCGGGGCAGCAGCGCCGGGAGGGAUGCAGGGCGGCGGGGAGAGGGCAGGGGCGGCCCCCGCGCCGCUGUGAGAGAAGACAUCUCUCCGUGUGUCCCCGCCGGCCCUGCGCCUCACUCACGGCAGCAGGCAGCGCCGCUCGGCUUAUCCACUCCGGCGGCGGCCGCCCAAGCAGAGCCCUGAUGCUCGGCGGGGCGGCGGGGCCGCCGCUCGGGCGCUCGGCUCCCCGUUAGAAGGCGGUAGCCCCCGCGGGCUGGAUGCGUGGCAGCGGUACGGGAAGUACCCCCGGGCCGGCCCCGGCCGCUGGGGCCCCGCGGUGCUAGGGGCCGUCUGGGCUCCCCGGGCCGGCCCGGCGGCGGAGCGGGGAUGCUGGCGCUGGGGCAGAUGGACGGCGCGCCCCGGCAGGGAGCCUUCCUGCUGGGCAGCCCGCCGCUGGCCGCCCUGCACAGCAUGGCCGAGAUGAAGGCACCGCUCUACCCCGCGUACCCUCUGCCCGCCGGGCCCGCCUCCUCCUCCUCCGCGUCCGCCUCGCCCGCCUCCGCCUCGCCCUCGCCGCCGCUCGGUUCUCCGGGCCUCAAGGCGCCCACCGCCGCCGCCUCCUCCUCCUCUUCUUCUUCCUCCGGCACGGGCGGGCUCUCGGCGCUGGGCUCGGCCCCGCCGCAGCUUUCGGCAGCCACCCCGCACGGCAUCAACGACAUCCUCAGCCGGCCCUCCAUGCCCUUGCCCGGGGCCGCACUCGCCUCCGCCUCGUCCUCCGCCUCCUCCGCGGCCCCCACGGGCCUGCUGGCCGGGCUGCCCCGCUUCGGCAGUCUCAGCCCCCCGCCGCCGCCGCCUCCUGCCCUCUACUUCAGCCCCGGGGCUGCCGCCGCUGCCGCCGCCGUGGCCGCCGGGCGCUACCCGAAGCCGCUGGCCGAGCUGCCCGGCCGAACGCCCAUCUUCUGGCCGGGCGUGAUGCAGAGCCCACCCUGGAGGGAUGCUCGCCUCGCCUGUGCUCCCCAUCAAGGCUCAAUUUUGCUGGAUAAAGACGGAAAAAGAAAACAUACCAGACCCACUUUUUCUGGCCAGCAGAUUUUCGCUCUGGAAAAGACUUUCGAGCAGACGAAAUACUUGGCGGGCCCGGAGCGAGCCCGGUUGGCCUAUUCGUUGGGGAUGACCGAGAGCCAGGUCAAGGUCUGGUUCCAGAACCGACGGACCAAGUGGCGGAAGAAACACGCGGCGGAGAUGGCGACGGCCAAGAAGAAGCAGGAUUCGGAAACGGAACGUCUGAAAGGAGCCUCAGAGAACGAGGAGGAGGAUGACGACUACAACAAACCCCUGGACCCCAACUCGGACGACGAGAAGAUCACGCAGCUGCUGAAGAAACACAAGCCGGGGAGCAGCGGGUUGCUGCUGCACCCCCCCGAGGGGGAGACUUCCGCCUAGCCCCCCGCACCCCUCCCACAUCGCCGCCGCUUUCGGAGAUGUACAGAUCUAUUUUUGUAGACUCUACGCGCCCGGGAGGAAGAGGAGGAGAAGAAGCCGGAGGGGAAGCAGAGAGGACUGCGGUGGAGCGGGCGAGCCCGUCUCCCCUUCUGACUCCCACUGUUGGUUGUAGGGGAGCGGUGGGGGCUACCCCGGUGACAGCCCCCCUCUCCCUCUCCUCAUCCCUCCCCGGUGGCCCCGGGUCCCGCUCCCGGUGUUGCGGCGGCCGCUCUUUGUAAAUAAACCGUGAGUCACCGCGA